AUGGAAGCCACACCAAAAGGUCUAGUAGUAUAUCGCAAGAAGGAGCUGACCGACGACGGCUUUUACAGCGUCGCUCGCAAACCGUCGAAAAAGGAAGUCAAGGCCGAAGGUUCAAAACAAAAGGCAGCUGAUAAACCUGGUGUAACUAAAGAGCGGAAGGCGUGCGGUUGCGCGGGGAGCUUACACAAGUGUUUCAGCAACUGUAUGGGAUGUGGGCGAAUCCUCUGUGUCAAUGAAGGCGAAGGCUCUUGUUUUCACUGCGGAACUCACGUAUUCUGUGCAUCUGAGCUCCAUAAAGUUCCCAAGGAACACGCAGAAGACCCUGAAUUCCAGCAGGCCAUGGAAUUGCGCAAAAGGUUAUUAACUCUGGACUCUGGUUUCUCAAAUGAAGCUCUGAAGGUACACGACCUACACACCGAUUGGUUCCGCGAAGCAAACAGCGUCUACAACGAGAACGCUGCAUACGCGUUGGAGCAGUAUUACAAAGAGGAGGCCGAAAAACGUGAAGAAGCCGGUAUGUGA